AUGACAACUGUGCUAGGUUCCAUGGCGGACAUGCCCCGGGAUCUGAAGGAGCAGAUUGAGAAGCUGGAGGAGCAGUUUGUCGUCUCCACGGAAAAGCUCAAGCACAUCUCGGAUCACUUUGUCAAUGAGCUCGAGAAGGGACUAUCAGAGCAAGGUGGAAGCAUUCCUAUGAUUCCGACCUGGUGCAUGGCCUUUCCCGAUGGCAACGAGACCGGAAAAUAUCUUGCGCUUGACAUGGGCGGUACGAACCUACGUGUUUGCGAGGUUACUCUGACGGAAGAGAAGGGAGAGUUUGAGAUUAUACAAUCAAAGUACCGUAUGCCCGAGGAGCUGAAGACUGGAACUGCUGAUGAGCUAUGGGGCUACGUCGCCGACUGCCUCCAGCAAUUUAUCGAGUACCACCACGAGGGCGAACAGCUCGCCGAUCUGCCCCUCGGUUUCACCUUCUCGUACCCUGUCUCGCAAGAUGCUAUUGAUCACGGUGUCCUACAGCGAUGGACCAAGGGAUUCGAUGUACAAGGCGUGGAAGGUGUAGAUGUUGUGCCUGGAUUCAAGGCAGCUCUGGAGGAACGCGGCGUGCCUAUCAAGCUCGCGGCGCUGGUCAACGACACUACUGGUACCAUGAUUGCCUCAGCGUAUACCGAUACCAGCAUCAAAAUUGGUUGCAUCUUCGGUACGGGGUGCAACGCUGCCUACAUGGAGGAGUGUGGUGCUAUUCCCAAGCUGAAGCACAUGAACCUGGACCCAAAACUGCCAAUGGCUAUCAACUGCGAAUGGGGCGCCUUUGACAACGAACAUCAAGUUCUGCCACGGACAAAGUACGACGUUAUAAUUGACAAGGAGUCGCCUCGGCCAGGUCAACAGACUUUUGAGAAGAUGGUUGCAGGUUUGUACCUUGGCGAGAUUUUCCGUCUAGUCCUCUUGGAUCUUCACAAGGGUACAGAAUGCUCCAUGUUCCAAGGCCAGAACGCCAGCAAACUCGACAAGCCUUACUCUCUUGAUGCUGGUUUUCUCUCCCAGAUCGAAGAAGACCGCUUCGAGAAUUUGCAAGAUACGGCCGAUCUAUUCCAGGAGACACUUGGUAUCAGCUGCACUAAGCCUGAACUCGAACUAAUCCGCCGACUUGCUGAGCUUAUUGGUACCCGCGCUGCUCGUCUGACUGCCUGCGGUGUCUCUGCUAUCUGCAAGCACAAGAAAUGGAGCGAGGUGCAUGUUGGUGCUGACGGUUCCGUAUUCAGCAAAUACCCUCACUUCAAGAUCCGUCAAGCUCAGGCACUGAAGGAAAUCAUGGACUGGCCAGCCAAGUAUGGAAAGGGCAAGAACGAUCCUAUUGAGGUGCUACCUGCCGAGGACGGUUCCGGUGUUGGUGCUGCGCUCAUUGCUGCGCUUACAGUCAAACGUGCGCAACAAGGACAGCUGGCUGGUAUCAGGGACCAGGAUGCGCUGCUUGCUAUGGGAAAGACCAACAAGAAGUAG